CCAGAGGGUUUAUCAUUAUAGUUUUAGCAGAUCACUGCCUACUUCCCUCCUCCUCCUCCCACACACUCACUCCCAGCCACACCAGCCAGCACCUUUGUCGCAGGUUCACUUUUGCAAGUCUCUCUCUCUCUGUCCCUCCUUUCUGUUGAGAGAAAUAACAUUUCAAUUGAUUUUUUAAAAAAAAGACAAAACAAAGCCAAGCCAAGCCCUCCAGGAACGAGAAAAGCCAUGCAGAACGGCGAUUACGAAAACACUUACGAGGUGCCAGAGAUGGAGAACAUCUACCAGAACAGCCCGCAGAGAGGAGAGGUGGAGUAUGACCAAGUGCCCCGAUCUCGCUCUCACUCCUCCUCCUCCUCCUCCUCCUCCUCCAGCUCCGAGAGCGAGCAACAGGACUCUGGCCACCAGCUGGGCUCUGAGCACAGCAGCUCUGACCAUCAUGGCUCUGACCAUCAUGGCUCAGACCAUCAUGGCUCAGAGCACUUUGGCUCAGACCUCCAUGGCUCAGAUCACUUUGGCUCAGACCACCACGGUUCAGACCAUCAUGGCUCAGACCAUCACGGCUCGGAUCACAGCAGCUCGGAUCACGGCGGGUCGGAGCACGGCGGCUCAGAGCAUGGCAGCUCGGAGCACGGCAACCAGGAAGUGUUCCCGUGCGGAACCGGGCUGAACCAGGUGGGCUCUGCCAACCCGAGUCACGACAACUUCACCCGGGAGUUCAACACCCUCACCUGCGAGCCGCAGCACUUCGACAUUGCUCUCUAUGUCAAGGCUGGGAAUGAUGGAGAGAGCAUAGGGAAUUGCCCCUUCUCUCAGCGACUCUUCAUGAUUCUGUGGCUGAAAGGUGUUGUGUUCAACGUUACAACAGUUGACCUGAAACGAAAACCAGCUGAUCUGCAUAACCUGGCUCCUGGUACUCAUCCCCCGUUCCUGACUUUCAAUGGAGAGGUUAAGACAGAUGUCAACAAAAUUGAAGAAUUCCUGGAGGAGAUGCUUUCGCCACCAAAGUACCCCAAGCUUGCAGCAAAGCAGCCUGAAUCGAACACAGCUGGGAAUGAUAUCUUUGCAAAGUUCUCGGCGUACAUUAAGAACACCAGGGUCACUGCUAAUGAAGGCUUGGAGAGACAGUUGCUCAAAUCCAUGCAGAAGCUGAAUGAUUACCUGAACAGCCCACUGCCUGAAGAGAUUGAUGCCAACAGCAUGGAUGAUGUGCACUUAUCCCAUCGCAAGUUCCUCGAUGGAGAUGAUCUGACACUCGCCGAUUGCAACCUUCUACCCAAACUCCACAUCGUGAAGGUUGUAGCAAAGAAGUAUCGCAACUUCGACAUCCCAACAGAAAUGACAGGCAUCUGGCGGUAUCUGAAGAACGCCUACGGGAGAGACGAAGUCACCAACACGUGUGCGGCAGAUGGAGAAAUCGAAUCUGCUUACGGGGACGUGGCAAGGAGGCUCUCGAGAUCUUAACUCAGAGACGGAAAGAGAGAGACACACACAGGCUCAUUUCGAAUCAAUGCUAAUGACACAAAAUGGUCCUAAUAUCACUGACUGCUUUCUACCUUGGUUUUUCACUAAACUUUCACUCGCACCCUGAUGUUUCAACCAUCUCAGCUUUAGUUUAUUUCAUACUUGUAAAUAACAAAUUCUAAUUAAGCACUGAUCCUAGAUAUGAGUAUGAUUUUUUUUUGUAAUGACUUGACCACUAAUUCAUUCAUUAUGAAGGCUGUUUCCAAAGCCUUGCUUUAUUUCAGGAAUUUGCAUGGCAUUUACAUCUACAUGUUCAUGUUGGCAACUCUGUGGGCAGAAUUCUCCUGCCCUCUGUUGACUUGUGUUCUCUUGUGCAUUCAUCAUUGUCCACAUUGAAGCCUGGAGCUCUCACUUGUCAUUAUCUAUGUCAAUGGAAAGACUCAACCGCUUUGAGUCCUUACAUCUUUUCCCAAGUUCACUCUCUCUCCUCCCUCCUUCCCCCGCCCAUCAACUUGCAUUCAUGUAAGAUCCUUUACACAAGGUAGCGCCUCAGAGAGCUGCAUUAAGGAGUUCCUAGUUAGUGAAGUCUCUUACGCAGGAACAUUUGGAAUUCCAAUAAUUUUAUUUCACGUGAUUCUUCACACAAAUAAGGACUAAUCAGCCUUAUAAAGUUCACAUAUGACCACUCCUGGUGAGACAUAUUAUGUAUAAAAGGCCAAAGUAUUUAGUUAUGCUUUUGAAUAUUGGUCAGUAACCAAAAUUGAGCCAGUCUUUCGUACUGGGGCUUUCCAUUGCCUUGCCCUAUCAAGCUUAUUGCUGAGUUCUGAACACUUGAAAUAAAGCGACUCUUUAAAAUAAAAUUAAAUAUGAAUUAAAAGAUCUUAAGCUUCCAGUUCCAGCAUUGUCAUUGAGGGAUGGUCCACUGCACCCACACCAACAGCUACCAAAGUGCUUUCUAUCUAGGAUUUUCUUCGCUGCUUUGGCAACGUUCCCUGAGAUGUUUCAGGUUUAUUUCAAAAUAAGUUAAAUCUAGGUGCAAAUGACAGAAAAAUAAGUGCAUGGUAUUUUCCUGAGUGCAAAGUCAUUUGCACGCUUAUUCACUUUGCCUCUUUUACUAAUUCUAUAGUAUUAACUACAUUUUUCUAGUUUAUUUUUGUGAUUUUUAGGUUAUACAGCUAAUUUUAUAUUUCCUGUAAUGUGCACUGUCUUCAUUGCCUUCCUGAAGGAAAUGCAUAAAACUAGCGUGACUCAAGAAGUCAUGCAGGUUGACAUUGACAGGAUUUUCAGGUGAAUGAAUAAUUUGUAGCCUGGGACAUUGUCAAUAAAAAACAGUGAAUACAAAACAAAAAACCUUAUUCGUUUGGCUCAAUGAAAAGUAAAAUGUAAAUCGUAAACUUCACCCUCUAGUGUUCUAUUCAAUAACUACAUGGGUAAGUUUGUUCCUUGUAUAUAACUCAACAGCAAAAGCAAUUGUGUCAGAACAAGGAGCUCAAUGACUGUGUAAACCUAAAGCUCACUUAAAGACUGAUAUUUUAAUAUUUUAAACAAUCAUUUUUCUCCCAUGAUAAUUUCCAAUUUUCUCCUUUUUAAAAAAAACUCAUUGUUUUUAUAUCACUGGUGCUUAAACAUAGGUUAUAUCCAGAGGUUAAGCAAAAUGUUUUGUAAAACCAACCUAAGUGGUUGUUGAAUGGACAUAAAGGCCAGAGAACCAGUGGUCAGGCAUAGUGUCAAUGACUCAGCCUAUAAUAGCUUGUUAAACAUGUUGUACAGUAUCCAAAGCACCCAACAAUUGAAGCAACAUUGUGUUAGAUGUCAAUGGUAGGAUGAAAGCAAAGAAUAGAUAACGUUGGGUAAAGUUAACCAGGUAGUAACGCAGAGUUUUGCUACUGACCACCGCAUAUGCAAAAUAUUGUAUCAAAUUUAAUUUUUCACAAAUUCCUUUCUUGCACCAUGAGAGAAGAAACCAGUUCAGUGUGAAGUAUGUGGUCUAAAUAGUUCGCAGCAGAGAUAAUAGCUGGUUUUUGAAAGCAGUCAUCUAUUCCACAGCACCCAUUGUAAACUGCUGACACAGGAGCAAUAACGGUUGAGAUGCUGAUGUGCCUUUAAGUACUUGAUGUUAUUUAAAUCAAAUACACUAUUUAAUUUGAUUCCUAUUUGGUUGAUCCUAAAAAGGAUGGAAUCUGUUGAUUAUUAAUAGAUGUUUUUUUAUCAUUAAGUGUUGUGGCUCAUAUUUUAUGAAUCAAAAUAUAUAUUAAGGUUUUAAAAUUCUAUGACGUGCUAGCUAUUUGUUCCUCAGACAUUAAUGAGGUAAAUGUAUUCACCAAAUACACUUUUGCAUAUAGCCAUUUUAGGUACUCAUGCUAGUUUAUUGUUAUUGUUAUUAUAAUUGAUAUUUUUUCAUGGCUGUACUGAUUUUAAUUGCUUUAAUGAAUACUGUGUGAAAGUAUAUGGGUGGGAUCCCAAACACAGAGAAAGUUGACUGACUGAGCUGUUUAUAUGACAGUAUCUGGUUAAGAACUGCAGGACUGAUGGCCUCAAAGGUAGGUCAUUCCUAAUGUAACAAGACAUGCCCAUUGAACAGUUUUAUAUUCAGGCUCCAGAAAAACACAAACAUUUGUCUUUGAUUAAAAAUUGACCCAUAUAACCUUAAGAAGACCUUGAAUACCCUUCACAGGAAUUGCUAUGGAUGAUGUGUGAGGCACCUGGUCAUCUGUAGUUUGUUAAAUGAGAAUAAUAUUCAGCAGAUCUACAGCAUCAAACUGCACCAAUGUCCAUGCUUUUGUAUUGUAGGUAAUUAUCAGUCUAAUUCAGAACUGGUACAGCUUUGUGCCUUGUCUGCAAGUCCAGUGCCAGUCUAUUUCUCGGUUGCCAUUAAAAGGAAUGGGUAAAAUUCAUAGGUGCUUUCCUAAAGUGACUCUUCUGUUCCAGGAUAACGUAGCAUGUCAGGCAAAAUGAUGCUAUUUCAAGUCAGUAGAAUCUACUGCAAACUAAUUGCUAAAAAUAGCAAUGCAUUUGUUACUUCUUUAUAAUGGGACUUCUCUUAUAAUCGCUUCUCCCACAUUUUCUUCCAUUGCGCAUUCCUUUGAUUAUUUGUUCCAUUCUUGCUCAUGCUUUGCUUUUUGCUGAGCUUUUCCUUCCUGUUUGUGGUAAAGCUCAACAAUUUUUAUUUUCUAUGAUGCUUUACAUUUUUAUUGCUCCCCCCAUCUCAGCCGUAAGCUCUUUCAUAAUCUAUUUUGCUUGUUUUCCUCCUUUGGGUUCCAUAAACCAAACUUUGCCCAGAGAAUGGCUCUGGGCUCUGUUGCUAGACCUCAGGCUAUGCUGUCCUACCACCUGCCACUGAACUAGCAUGAGUGCAGACUGAGAGUGACUGAUGCACUGAGAUUUCUGUACUUGGUACUUCCCAUUAGUAUUUCUGCAAGAUUGUUAACACCGUGGACAACACUAUAUUGCCCUUACAUUGGGAAAGUACAUUGUGCAGCCAGCAUAAUGCUCUCUGCACUAAGGGCUUCCUUGAGUGGUGGUACCUUCUGCGCUCAAUGAAUCCUAAAUCAGUCACAACCAGAUAUCACAGACAUCACAAGCCCCAGCCUCACACAUCCCUCUCUGCCACCUAUUGCUGCCAUCUACUCAUGGUAUGCAGUCAAGCCUUCCUGUACAUGGUCACUCCAGUGAGCUUCAGCGUCCAACACAAUCUUCUCCAUGCUUCCCAUCAAUGUACAUCCAAACAAAAGCAAAAAUGAAUGGUAGAUAAAUGAGGUUGAAGAUCCCUGACUCUGAAUGUGGUUAGAGAUUAUUCACAACGUUGUGACAACUUGGUUCAGUUUGUGCUGCGACAAGAAAUCUCAGUGUGCAAUUCAGGCAUCUAUUCCUUGACCUCAGUGGAAAAGAUGGAGCUGUAUAAUGUAUUAAAAAUAUUGAAAAAAAAGUCAAACUGCUAUGCUUGAUAUCCCUAACAGGCAGUAGUGCACAGACUGAGCAAAACAACUUCUGGUGUAGCAUGUCUUGUAUACAUACAGAGGUACCAUCGUGGGAUCAACUCCUUUUGGGGAAUUGAGCUCAUAGCUUACACUCCAGUACAGUUCUGUGGGAGCAAUGCAUUAUUCGAGGUGUUAUCUUUGAGAUGAGAUUGUUUAAUUGACUUUAAAGAUGUCGUGACACUCUUCAAAAAUAGAAGGGAGUUUCUCCUGGUAUAUUAACCUACAAAUCUCUAGCUUAAUUUAUCAUUCACAUGAGAAUCUCAACACAAAUGUUCACUACAUCUAAAAUGACUUUUGAGAUAUUUCAAAGUGUUAAGACAACUUCAUAAAAUAGCAACUUUUUUUCUUAUCGACUCCUCUGUCUGGAUAUUGCAAGUUGAUUAAGUUGUUAGCUAGGAGAGCAAAAGAGCUGCGUUAAAGUGAAUAGAGUAAGCUGCAGUAGUCAUGGAGAAACCAGUGAUAACUUGCCUCCCAUCUCGGUAGAUAUGUCAGCCAUAAAUGCUGUAGCUCUCCCUUGCAAAUGACUUUUUGCUUCCUUUCCUGUUCAGUGCAAAAUGUGGAAAGCACUAUCAACACUUACGCAACAAUCUUCUGUAAGUAAAAGCACAAGUGUUUGAAUUGCUCAGAGUUGCAAUAGAUACUUGCAAUGUUUGGUAGGUGUCAGAAACUAGGUGCAAAGAGCAUUAUACCAGCAUUGCAUUGCGCCAUUUGUCAUUUAAUACAAAUUGAGAUACUUUCACAAUUAUCUCAAGUGAGCAUCAGACUUAUUCAAAUAAAAGUCUUUGCUGCCAGUCAUUGUUAGCCAAGCCAUUAUUAAAUGGGAUUCAGAACUAAGAGCUUUAUUUUGUUCGAUGAAUGACAUAAAAUAGUGAAAACUUCUCAAUUUAUAGUAAAAUAGGAUUAGUUUGCUAAGAGCUUGAGCCACUGUUGUAAUUGAACCUGCUUUUACUGUACAUACAUACGAGAUUAAAGAAAGGUUGUCUCAGAGCCUUAAUCAUUGUGUACAAUGGAAAGAGCCACUGAAUGAUGUAGCUGUUGCUGCAGUUUAAUAGUUUGCUCAAGAUUACUUGCACAGGUUGAAGAAUGUUUCCCAGCUUGACUGGUAGCUUCUGAAGAAAUAAAAUUGUAUAUUUUCACAACGCA